AUGUUUAACCAAAGCACUGUGGCCAAGCUCCUUCUCCUGGGAUUCUCUGAUACUCAAGAACUGCAGAUAUCCCACUUUUUGUUAUUUCUGGGGAUUUACCAGGCUGCCAUGAUGGGAGACUUUCUCAUUAUUGUGGUUAUAGUUGCCAGUAAUCACCUUCACACCCCCAUGUACUUUUUCUUGCUGAAUUUGUCCAUCCUAGACUUUUCAACCAUCUCUGUCACCCUCCCAAAGUCCAUGGCCAAUUUUCUAUGGAAGACCACAUCGAUCUCCUGUGUCUCCUGUGUCUCCAAAGUCUUUUUCUUCCAUGUUUUUUGUGCUGCUGAACUUGCUUUACUGACUGUAAUGGCAUAUGAUGGUUAUAUUGCCAUCUGCAGACCUCUUUACUACAAGACCAUCAUGAAGGGGAGCACUUGCAUCCUCCUAGCAGCCAGUGCAUGGCUCAGCUAUGUCCCUUACUCUGCUCUCCACACUGGGAACAUCUUUUCUUUAACCUUCUGCAAGUCCAACAUUAUUGAACAGUUCUUUUGUGAAGUUCCACAGCUUCUCAAGCUCUCCUGUUCUCAUUCAUAUUUUAGUGAACUUGGGCCUGUCUCUAACUCCCCAUCAGCUCUGGAUCUCACAGUUUCUCUUUGCUAUUCUGUGUUGCCACCAGUCAUAAAUCCAGUCAUCUACACCGUGAGGAACAAUGACACCAAAGCUGCUAUGCAAAAAUUAACUGGCUGCAGAUUAUUAUACAGAAAUAAAUAG